AUGUCUGACGAGGCUUGGCUCCCCUAUGACGACUUCGUCAGACUACAGCCCAGGGUCGGACCAGGCACGUAUGAACAGACUUCUAUCGAGUUCGACUCAGGCCAGAGAAUUGCGCAUUUUCGUCGUUCGGCAAGAUUGCCUGCUCGAACGCGCAGGUCAGGCCCAGUCUCGCUGCCGCGGCUCUCUUUCAGCGUCAAGCGCGUCCUUGGCUUUGGUGCGCUCCUCUUUGCAGUCGCAUGGCUCGCACACAACCAGCCAAAUUUGGAGCGCGCCGGCCGAGCGGACCUUUUGACGUUGGCGCAGUCGCCUUUGGUCAGGGAAGCCUACUCGUCUUCGUCUGCUCUUGCCAAAGAAGCCCUGUCGAGCUCGUCUCGGAGGGUCAAGACGCUAUUCGAUACCUCUUCGGGCCUGGCGACUGACUUGUAUGCAAGCUCUGCGUCUCGAAUCAAUGACGCCAGGGAGCGCGCUGCUCGCAUCUUGCCAGAGACCGGCAUGAAGCCAUAUCAGGAUCUGCGCAGAAAUUGGCUGGAUGCUCUCAAAGAUCGUAUGAUGGCUCGGCCGAAGCCGAGAAAGCUGUCAAGGCAAGAACUGGAGGCAAUGCUGCAACGGCACCUCGACACCAUCAUGCGUGUCACUGACCAAGCGCACGAACACCUCAGCGUGGGACCGACGCUCUCGAAGAUCGCCUCGAGCUUGGCCACUUUCGUGAGUCCACUUGCGGAAGAAGAGGCAACAUCCGAUCUCGCUCACAUACUCGACAGCUUCACGGGACCUCUUCAAAAAGCGGGCUUUGCCAUGACAGGCGCUUUCAAUAGCGUACACUCGAAUGCGACAGUCAUACGAAGUUAUCUCGCUGCUACGAGACCGUUAUUCGACGCGCCGGCUGACGCGGAACUUAUCGAGUGGAUGCGUGAAUCUUCAGAGAGCUUGCGAGAGGUGCUCCCGCAGUGCUUUCACCGGAUCGAGUCCGCUGCAAAGGCCCUCGAGCCAGUCCUCCCGCAGACGCGGCUACUGCAGUAUCGUGUCGACUUGCUCAAGUUCAGCAUCACCUCUAUAGACGGUCGUAAUCUAGUCGGCGAUCUCAGCCACCAAGGAGCCAAACUAACAUCCGAAAUAACGUUUAUGCUUCAACAGCUGUCGACGUAUCUGGCAUACAUCAUUUACGCGCGGACGCAAGUCGAGGCAGCUGGCCGCCUCUUUCCUGACCACUUGCAGCCGAUCCUGAACGAGACCAAAAGCAUCCUCAAAUCAUGA